AUGGACAUACUACGCUUGCAGCACAACCCACUGUCAGGAGAAGAACACGGAUCCGGAGUUCUUGUCUUCAAGCUUGCUCGCUUGCUAUCCUGCGUUGCCUUGCUCUGUCUCUCGAUACCGACUGUGACUACAACUUCCCAUGGGUUCAGCGAUACGCCAGCCUGGUGGUUUCAAUUUGUGCAGGUCGAGACAUACACUUACGUCACCGCGCUCGCCCUGGCCGCCGUACUACUCCCUCGCUAUAGCGCUCUGCUGUCCCACCACCUGUCUUUGAUCUUGCUUCUCACCUGGGGUGUCUACGUGUACCGGGAUGCGGUCCCGCUUGCGACGACUACCCUACGCCCUGCAGAUGCGGACGAGGGCGUGCUCAUCUGGAUCAAGCUGCUCAUCCUGACAGAGGCUGCGGUUCUACUUCCGGUGUUCACGCCGCGUGUGACCGUUCCGCGCUCUCCGGAAGGACCCAACAAGGAGCAGAAAGCCGGAUGGUACUCUCGGCGGAUGUUCAGCUGGCUCAACGAGACCGUGGCGAAGGCACAUCGGGUCGAGCAUAUCCCGUUGGAAGACCUUCCAACUCUUGCGAACUCCGACCGCACACGUAACUUGGUAGAGAAGAGUCUGAAGUACCUCGAUCCCUUAGAGACACGGAAGGACACGCACAUCUUCUGGGGGUUCCUGAAACUCUAUCGUGUCGAAUAUCUCCUCGGCGCAUCUUUGGUGGCGGUGUCGUCUAUCGCUCUCCUGGCGUACCCGAUCGCUACCCAGGGCGUCUUGUCGUACCUGGAGAAGGGACAUGCACAGUCCGUCGUUCGUCCUUGGGCGUGGGUCAUGCUCAUGUUCGUCGGCCCUACGGUAUCAACGAUCUGUGAGGAGUGGUACAAUUGGACCAUGAAUCGACUGAGUAUCCGUACCGAGGCGAUUGUCACCGAGCUCCUGUUCCAGCACGCGCUUCGCAUUCGCAUGAAGUCGGAGACGUCUACUGACAGCGAGGGCACACCGAGUGACGGUGCUGCGGCUGCUGACGCACCCGCACAGCCCAAGAGCGAUGUCUUAGUCGGGAAGCUCAACAACCUCAUCACGAGCGACCUCGCGAACAUCACCGAAGGAAACAAGCAGGGGCUCCUCCUCCUUAUUCAAAGCCCUUUACAAAUGGCCGCCGCGAUCGUAUUCAUGUACAGCAUCUUGGGAUGGAGUGCAUUGGUGGGCCUUGCGACUCUGGUCGCUCUGAUACCUAUCCCGGGGUACCUCAGCAGUUGGAUCCAGACAUUCCAGAAGAGGAUGAUGGACAAGACCGACGCGCGAGUUCAACUCGUCAACGAAGUUUUGAAUGUCGUGCGCAUGAUCAAGCUCUUCGGCUGGGAGUCCCGCGUCUCCGCGCAGCUCGACGAGCGUAGAGAGGCCGAGUUGAAGCAGCUCAGCCAGUCGCGGUGGCUGGAGAUCUUCAACGCCCUGUUCAACUAUAGCAUUCCUCUCAUCACGAUGGCGGUUACGUUCAGUGUCUACACCGCGGUCAUGAAGCAAGAACUGACAGCGUCGAAGCUGUUUGCGUCGAACGCAGCGUUCAUAUUGAUUCAGAACCAGAUGCACGGCAUCUUCUUCGCGAUCCCUGCAUUGACACAAGCUCGCGUCUCCCUUGAUCGUAUCAACGGGUUCUUGCACCAGACCGAGCUCCUCGACGAGUUCAUGAACUCCGACUCCCCGGCUGAAUACAAUCGCCCCCGCGACAACGAAGACGUCCUCGGGAUCAAACAGACCUCAUUCACAUGGGCCAGAGACGCAGACGUCCAGACGCCCGCCUCUUCGUCGAGCGGCCAGCAGAGCAGGAGGUUCGUCCUGAAUGUCGACGGGGAGCUGCUCUUCAAGCGCGGCUGCACGAACCUCAUCGUCGGCCCGACCGGGUCAGGGAAGACGUCGCUGCUGAUGGCGCUGCUUGGCGAGAUGCACGCGCGGCCGUCCGGACCGGAGAGUUUCGUCAGUCUUCCCAGGGGAGGGGGCGUUGCGUAUGCUGCGCAGGAGUCUUGGGUCUUGAGCGAUACUAUUCGGAACAAUAUCCUGUUCGGCGCGCCGCUUGACGAGGUGCGAUACGCGAAGGUUGUCAAACAGUGCGCGCUCGAGCGCGAUCUUGGCCUCUUCGAUGCCGGGGACCAGACUGAAGUUGGUGAGAAGGGGAUCACGUUGAGCGGUGGCCAAAAGGCUCGCCUCACCCUUGCUCGCGCGGUCUAUUCUUCCGCGGAUAUCCUUCUUCUGGACGAUGUUUUGGCUGCCCUCGACGUUCACACAGGACGGUGGAUUGUAGAUCAGUGCUUCAAGGGUGAUCUUGUUCGGGGACGCACCGUUCUUCUCGUGAGUCACAACGUGGCGCUCAUUCGCCCGAUUGCGGACUUCGUCGUUGCGCUUGGAUCGGAUGGACGCAUCGCGAGCCAAGGAAGCCCAGACAAGACCUUGCAGCACGACAGCAAGCUCUUGGCCGAGCUGAGUACCGAGGAGGAGCAGCUCAAGGAAGUGGAGCAAGUGCUGGGCAAACCCGAGCUCGAAGCUAAAGAUGCGCAGCAGAACGGGAAGCUGGUUGUCGCCGAAGAGAUCAAAGAGGGACACGUAGGCUGGGAUACCUUGCGGCUGUUCGCGGUCAACUCGUCUAAACACCCUGUCUUGUACUGGGCCGCAUACAUGACCAUGAUGGCCGUGACGCACAGCUUCAUGAACAGUCAGUUCUUUUAUCUAGGUAUAUGGGCCGCGCAGUACGAGCACCAUGCACCUUCCGAAGUGUCUGUGGCAUACUACCUCUCCAUCUACGGGCUGCUCGUCUUCGCCACUAUCGCUUCAUACGCCGUAGCUUGGCUAUUUUACAUAAGCGGUUCCAUGCACGCCUCCAGAAUCAUCCAUAGCAAGCUGGUGACAUCGAUAUUAGGCACGACUCUGAGAUGGCUCGAUACGACCCCAACGUCCCGUAUCAUAGCCCGGUGCACGGCGGACAUGCAAGCCGUCGACACCACACUACCCAGAUUUGUUCUAGCCACUGUGGAAACCGCCAUCUUCAUGAUCCUGCGCGUCAUCGCAACGGCCCUGGUAGCCCCGCUUUUCAUCGUCCCCGCUGUCAUCAUCGGUGCCCUGGGCGCCCUACUUGGAUGGAUAUACAUGAAGGCUCAGAUCUGUGUGAAACGCGAGAUGAGCAACACCCGCGCGCCGGUGCUAGGACAUUUCGGUUCAGCCAUCUCAGGAAUCGUCUCUAUUCGCGCGUACGGCGCGCAGGACCAGUUCAAGAGCGAGUCGUACCUUCGUGUCGACCGAUACAGCCGCGCCGCCUUUGUCUACAACGGCUUGAAUCGGUGGAUUGCUGUGCGAGUAGACGUCAUGGGCACCCUUCUCUCUGUGAUCCUUGCUGCGUAUCUCGUCUAUAGUGCACGGGUCAGCGCAUCCAAUGCCGGCUUUGCUAUGAACAUGGCGGUCGGAUUCAGCGCGACUAUCCUGCAGGGAGUGCGGAUGUUCAAUUACCUACAAGUUGCAGGUAUGCACCUUGAGCGCGUCCAGCAAUACCUCGUCAUUGAGCAAGAGCAGAAACCGACCACCAACGGUGUCCCGCCUGCCUAUUGGCCGGCAAGCGGCGAGCUGCGUGUCGAGAAGCUUUCAGCACGCUACUCGUCGGAUGGGUCUCGCGUGCUGCACGAGAUCUCAUUCGAGGUCAAGCCUGGGGAGCGAAUUGGAAUCGUGGGACGCACUGGCAGUGGGAAGAGCUCGUUGACGCUUGCACUCCUACGAUGUAUAUUGACCGAAGGCAAUGUCUACUACGACGGCAUCACCACGGACUCGAUCAACCUAGACGCUCUCCGGUCGAACAUCACGAUCAUCCCACAAACGCCCGAGCUACUCAGUGGCACGCUUCGUAGGAAUCUGGAUCCGUUCGAGGAGCAUGACGACGCGACACUGAACGACGCCCUGCGCUCCGCCGGCCUCUUCUCGCUGCAGGAGGGUGAAGAGAACGCGCGGCUCACACUCGACUCCGAGAUCGCAGGCGGCGGCAGCAACCUGUCUGUGGGCCAGCGACAGAUCCUUGCCCUCGCGCGCGCGAUCGUCCGCCGGAGCAAGCUACUGAUACUCGACGAAGCCACAUCUGCCAUUGACUACGCAACCGAUGCGAUCAUCCAGAAUACGCUGCGCGAAGAGCUGGGCAGAGACGUCACUGUGCUCACUGUGGCCCACCGCCUGCAGAGCGUCAUGGACGCGGACAGGAUUAUGGUACUCGAUGCGGGACGAAUCGUCGAGUACGACGCACCGCGCUCGCUCCUCCAAAAGGAGGAUGGCUACUUCCGCAGCCUGGUAGACGGGAGCGGGGACAAGGCUGCGCUUUACGCGCAGGCAGGAUAUGAUGCGGCGUCUUAGACCGCCCCAGGUAGACUGUGGGGGUUGGCAGAUUCGAUUCGACUUACUAAACGUUGAUGUUUUGCGUGGUCUGGGGUAUAUGUUAUGCUCGAUGUAAUGUGGAUCGCCGUUCGCCGUCGCCGUCUGUGGUCAACAAAUUGAUUCCAU